AGGUCGCUUCGAUUUAUUUGUUGUAAGCGGUGCGCUAAUAUACUAUGAGUUUUCCCUUUACCUUCGCCCGGUGAGCUGUUCCAGUGGAUCAAAUGUUCCAAGCAUGUAAAGUCGCCGCUAACUAAUCUUUCUUUCGCCGCUGAAAUGUCACUUGGUAGGUCAUAGGACGUGUAAUGCAGAGCUGCUAUUAAUCGAUUACACGCAACGUUAUCUAAAUGUGAAGCUAUGUACUCUAAUUCUGAGAGAUUAAUGUCUAUUGUACCAAACACUUUGUAUAUUUUUAAUAGUACAAUAUUUACAAGAGCAUGGAUAAUUCGAGGUUCAACAGAUUUAAGUAUCGCUGAGCUGAGACACUUGUCUGAAAAAUUACACCCGGAACAGUGUGUUAAAGUACUGGAGUCGUUGUACUUAAGAACACCUGGUUACACGUUGAAAGAUGAAAAAAAAUUACACCAAUUGACGUCAUCAGAACAAUGCCAAAUAAAAUUAGAGCAGUGGAGUCAUAUAUUUCCAGGAAAGAAGAAUAAUCGAGCGCGGUUACACAUUAUUAAAAUUUUACAAAUGAUUGGACGUAUUGAUUUAGCUAAUUAUAUUAAACGUAGUAAAAGAAUUGCCGAGUUGUUGCAUAAUAUCAAAUAUUUACCAAGAAGAUACAGAAAACAUUUGGAGGAGUUGAAGAAACGGAAUAAAGCUAAAAAACUUAAAUUACAUUUAAAGAAAAAAUCUAAUGAUAAAAAUUUUAAUAAACCACGAGCUGUUUAUGGACUUGUGGAGCGACAGGCAAAAGAAGAUGAUCCAUCUUCAACAAAAUGGAUCAUUGUUAUAAUUUGCAUUUUGUUGUUAGUCAUAAUAAUAAUAAUAACUGCAGCGAUAACUAUCUGCAAAAAAUUCGGAAAAAUACAAAAAGUACCAUUAAGUCAAGUUCCUAUGUGCCACCCAAGUUGCAGUGGCUACAAGCGUUUCCUUCAAGACGUCGAAGACGGAUGGAUGUCAAGUAAAUCCGAUUUGCCGCCGGCCAAGUACCAGAGAAGUGCUCCCAUUCCUGUACUGCCACUGUCAGAAUCUGAGCCGGAAAAAAAGCCAGUGAAGAAACCAGAAAAGAAACCAGAAAAGAAAACGGAGAAGAAACCGGAGAAAAAGAAGCCAGAGGAGAAACCGGAGAAAAAAAAGCGGCAAUCUAAGCAAAAAUCCAUCGAAAAAGUGGUGCAAAAAAUACAGAAGGUUGAACCGGUUGAGAAAAUUAUCAAAACUGAAACUAAAGUUAAGGAAACUGAAAAAAAGGUUACAAAAGAAAAGAAAGAAAAACGUAAAACUGUUACAGAAAGUGAAGAAACUGAUGUAGAGCCUCCAAAAUUUAUUAGUGGUCCAGAACUUAGGGAGAUUUUGGAUCAACAUACCAGUACUUGUAGUUGUUGCGCGUGUCGACCUAAUCCAGAUGGGACAACCGACGAGCGAACACUUUGUUCAGAUAAAUUUUGCAAUAAUCGCAAAGCCGCCCGAGUAAUGAAUCAUAUUAAACCCUUCACCAAUGAACACGUUAGAAAAUCGAGUUGGUUUAAAAAUAGAGCGAUGACGAUUUGCAAAUUUCCGAGCAGAAAAGUAAGCCAGGACAAGGAAAAAUUGCCGUUGACGUACUCGCCGGUGAGUACUGCGACAGAAGGAUCGACUACUGAAAGUCCUCCGGCGACCAAGCGUAAGUCUUCGUCAAAGAGUCCUCCACCUCUACCUCCGCCUCCACCACCGCCACCGCCUCCACCUCCACUUCCACCUCCUCUCCCCGAGGAACAAAAACGAGAGUCUAAAGCCAAAGAAAAUUCUCCGAGGAAGGAAAACAGCCCGAGAAAAAGUUCGACGCCAAAAAGCAGCUCCAAGAGUCCGUCGAGAAGUUCAAAAAAAUCACUCCAACCUUGUGUGAAAAAUUCUUGCUCCACUAAAAAUUCCUCGCCGCGAAAUUCGAGACAUUCAAAAAGUAAUAAAAAUUAGAGAUAAAUUUU